CGCCAAUGCGCGCUCGUAAUCUCUCCAAACCCAAACAAAGACGUAAAAGGAUUCUUAUGUUCUACUUCCGGUGGUGUUCGCCCCGCGCUGUUCUGCUGUGAAGAUGCCGAAGUUUUAUUGUGAUUACUGUGACACAUACCUGACGCACGAUUCGCCGUCAGUCAGAAAGACACACUGCAGUGGACGAAAACAUAAAGAAAAUGUGAAGGACUAUUAUCAGAAAUGGAUGGAGGAGCAGGCUCAGAAUCUUAUCGACAAAACAACGGCUGCCUUCCAGCAGGGUAAAAUUCCACCCACCCCUUUCCCAGGAGCCCCUCCACCUGGUGGAUCUCUGCUACCGCAUCCAAAUAUUAGCGGACCACCGAGACCAGGUAUGUUACCAGCUCCACCCAUGGGUGGUCCUCCUAUGAUCCCUAUGAUGGGUCCCCCUCCUCAUGGCAUGAUGCCUGGUGGACCAGGUCCAGGUAUGCGGCCACCAAUGGGCGGACCUAUGCAAAUGAUGCCUGGCCCACACAUGAUGCGACCUCCCGCUCGGCCAAUGAUGCCGGCCGUUAGACCCGGUAUGGUGCGACCUGAUCGAUAAAGAAAGCGUGCCACUAUUACUAUCCCGAUAUCCACAGAAGACUCGGCCAAAUAUCAACACUGGUUUUACAGUCGAUUGAAGAGUUUUAUUGCCCACUUUGCCCAUUUUAAAACGUUGGUUCGCUCAAGUGACUCGGAUUACCACAAAUUCUUGUAAAAUGAACCUUCCAUUGGCUUUCAUUUCAUAUUUAUGACAGACCAGAGGGUGUUGCGUAAUGGAUUCGUGUAUGAUGUGCGUUUAUUACAUUAAUGGAUGUUUUGGUUAUUUACUGUUAGGAUGAUUUUCAGCUUUUGUUUUUCAUGUAUUUUGAGAA